AUGUUCAAUGAUGAACGCAUUUGUGGACGAGUGAAUAUGAUGAUACAUAUGGAGGCAGCAAAUAUACCAGGAGUGCAAACAAGUGGCAAUACAGUGGGACUUAAUCAAGUAGCUUUUUCUCGAGAAACGGGAACACGUCAUGGUUGUGACAAGUUCCAGUUGAUCUGAGAUAACCGAUGGUUGGAUAAUGUCAAUGUUGGAGAAGAAGCUAUGGGAAUAAUGCGGAUUGUUAGAUUGCUCAUUUUUGCAAUAAUUUUACUACUUAUUCCAAUUGCUCUAUGUAAAGGUGAAUACUGCGGAGAAAAUAAGAUACCAUUUGGAAUUGAAGUUUAUCCAAAUGCUCAACCACUUUUGCACUGUUCCCGUCCAUCAUGUUUUGAACAUCGCUAUGCGGAUUGUGAUGAUCGUGCACAACGCAAAUCAUGCGAAUCAAAUGACAGCUGGGUCGGAGGCUUUGAAAAGGGCUAUGGGAAUCAUCAACCAUUGUAUGUACAGUGUUGUGAGUUUGAGGGCUUAGCCGAUCAUUCCAGUCCGCUUUAUCAUACAAUCAUUAGGCCGGGACAGUAUUUUGAGGGUGAGGAGCAAGUCGAGGAAGAAACCGAUACAGUUGUUUCAUUCGACCUUAUCACAGAUUUCAGAAUGAUUCGUCCUCCUAAUUUAUCGAUUUUUUAUGAAAUGACGGUACGACGCUUGCGAUGCUAUGAGUUGCCACCCGUAGGCAAGAUUAAACGUGCAAGACGUUGGCCGUAA